UGUAGGUCACCACCAUAAUUCGCCGUUUUUCCGGUUUUUUGAUGCUGUUCCCCACCAAAUGGAGCAAGCCAAUGGCGCGGUGCCUGCUCCUCCGCCGCCACCUCACCGCCGCGGCAACCGCCACCGCCGCAGCCACGGCGCCGCUCCCCGCGAGGAGCGCCCACCGGGUGCUCGACAGGAGCGCGCACACCGACCGCAUCAAGGAGCUCGCGCGGCUCGGCCGCCUGCGGGAGGCCCGGGAGGUGUUCGACGCCAUGCCGCACCGCAGCAUCUUCGCCUGGAACACCAUGAUCUCCGCCUACUGCAACAGUGGGAUGCUCGAGGACGCGAGGUCCCUCGUCGACGCCAUCUCCGGAGGGAACGUGCGCACGAGCACCAUCCUGCUGUCGGGGUACGCCCGCCUCGGCCGCGUGCUCGACGCCCGCAGGGUGUUCGACGGAAUGCUCGAGCGGAACACCAUCGCGUGGAACGCCAUGGUCAGCUGCUAUGUCCGGAACGGGGACAUCACCAUGGCGCACAGGCUGUUCGACGCGAUGCCGCGCAGGGAUGUCACGUCGUGGAACUCGAUGCUCACCGGGUAUUGCCACAGCCGGCAGAUGGUGGAUGCAUGGCAUCUGUUUGAGCAAAUGCCAGAGCGCAACUUGGUUUCUUGGACAGUGAUUAUCUCUGGGUAUGCUAGAAUCGAGCAGCAUCGCAAGGCUUGGGACAUCUUUCGCAUGAUGCACCGUGAAGGCGUGGCACCAGACCAGUCAAACUUCGCGUCUGUGCUUUUAGCCGUGACGGGUCUUCGGCAUCUUGGUGUUCUAGAGGGCCUCCGCCCUCUAGCCCUUAAGACAGGCUUUGAGAGUGAUGUGGUCAUUGGGACGUCGAUGUUAAAUGCAUAUACCAGGGAUGCAAGUGCGCUUGACACUGCCAUUAAAUUCUUCGAGGGUAUGCCAGAGAGGAAUGAGUACACAUGGUCAACUAUGAUCGCUGCACUAUCUCAUGGUGGUCGAAUCAAUGCUGCUACUGCUGUCUAUGAAAGAGACCCUGUAAAGUCCAUUCCAUGCCAGACCGCACUGCUCACAGGCUUAGCUCGAUGUGGCAGGAUUACUGAUGCAAGGAUUUUAUUUGAUCAGAUUCCUGAUCCUAUUGUUGUGUCCUGGAACGCCAUGAUUACUGGGUAUAUGCAGAAUGGAAUGGUUGAUGAGGCAAAGGAGCUGUUCGAUAGGAUGCCGUUCAGGAACACAAUAUCCUGGGCUGGAAUGAUUGCAGGGUAUGCACAGAAUGGAAGGAGUCAAGAAGCUUUGGAUUUACUCCAAGCGCUCCAUAGGAAUGGGAUGUUACCUAGCCUAUCUAGUUUGACUAGUAGCUUCUUUGCUUGUUCAAAUAUUGGAGCUCUCAAGACAGGAAAACAAGUGCAUUCACUGGCUGUUAAGGCCGGUUGCCAGUUCAAUAGUUAUGUUGGUAAUGCUCUCAUUACUAUGUAUGGCAAGUGCGGAAACAUGGAGUAUGUGAGACAAGUCUUUAAUCGAAUGAGAGUGAAAGACACUGUGUCAUGGAACUCCUUUAUUUCGGCACUUGUACACAAUAAUAUGCUGGAGGAUGCAAGACAUAUAUUUGACAAUAUGCUCAGUCGGGAUGUUGUCUCUUGGACUACGAUAAUAUCUGCAUAUGCACAGGCUGAGCGGGGCUAUGAGGCAGUGGAGUUUUUCAAAAUAAUGUUAAACAAGCAUGAGGUACCAAAUUCCCCGAUAUUAACUAUACUUUUCAGCGUUUGUGGAAGUCUUGGUGCUCCUAAGCUUGGGCAACAAAUUCACACAGUAGCCAUCAAACAUGGAAGGGAUUCAGAACUUAUAGUGGCUAAUGCUCUCAUGUCAAUGUAUUUCAAGUGUGGUUCGGCAGAUUCUCAUAAGGUUUUUGAUUCAAUGGAGGAACGGGACAUAUUUACAUGGAAUUCCUUCAUUACAGGUUGUGCACAACAUGGCCUUGGAAGAGAAGCCAUCAAGAUGUAUAAACAUAUGGAAUCUGCAGGGGUGUUGCCAAAUGAGGUCACUUUUGUGGGGCUUUUAAAUGCAUGCAGCCAUGCUGGUUUGGUAGAUGAAGGUUGGCAAUUUUUCAAGUCAAUGAGCAGGGAUUAUGGACUGACUCCUCUGCUGGAACACUAUGCGUGCAUGGUGGAUCUACUUGGGCGAACUGGUAAUGUGCAAGGAGCUGAACAAUUUAUAUAUGAUAUGCCUAUUGAACCAGAUGCAGUGAUUUGGAGUGCUCUUCUUGGGGCAUGCAAGAUUCACAAGAAUGCGGAAAUCGGUAGAAGGGCUGCUGAGAAACUCUUCGUUAUUGAGCCAUCAAAUUCUGGCAACUAUGUCAUGUUAUCAAAUAUAUAUUCUUCUCUAGGGAUGUGGGUAGAAGUUGCGGAGGUACGGAGAAUUAUGAAACAACAAGGUGUCACAAAAGAGCCUGGCUGUAGCUGGAUGCAGAUUAGGAACAAAGUGUACUCAUUUGUCACUGGGGAUAAACAGCAUGAGCAAAUUGAAGAGAUAGAAUCUACCCUCCAGGAUUUGUACACUUCGUUAAGGACUACAGGCUAUGUGCCUGACACUGAAUUUGUUCUCCAUGACAUCGAUGAAGAGCAGAAGGAGAGUUCCCUUCUGUAUCACAGUGAGAAGCUUGCUGUUGCUUAUGGCCUUCUUGUUACACCCCAGGGCAUGCCUAUACAGAUAAUGAAGAACCUUAGGAUAUGUGGUGACUGUCACACUUUCUUCAAGUUUGUGUCACAUGUCACCAAGAGAGAUAUUGACAUCAGGGACGGAAAUCGGUUUCAUCAUUUUAGGAAUGGAAGUUGUUCAUGUGGUGACUUCUGGUGAUACCCUGUUUUGACUUCUUUUUUUUCUAUAAGCCCCAAAGUAGAUACAUUCUGAUGAUUCCAGAUGAGAUGUUGGGUUGCCAUUCAGAAGAUUUUGUUGAGUUAUAACACACAAAGCAGAGAAGAGUAUACUGGCUGACUAUGUUGCUAUGCUGUGGCCUGCCACGGGUUCGUGGAUGCAAUAUUGAGAUAGUCAACAGUCUGUUAACCCCCUAGAAGCGCCUGGAUUGGAAUCUGUUUUUGUAGGUUAACACGGGAUAAAUCUGCUGAAGAUUUAUUCAGGGCAUUACAUAAUGCACGUGCAAAGCAUAUUGUUGAUUGGAAGUAUGGGGUCCAUAAUACAACAAAACUUUCGGGGAACUAUGGCUGAAUGACAGUGAUGUUAUGUGUGUCAUCUAUCAUGGGUGCUCAUUCUGGUUAUGUCGAAAGGCCUUUAUAUUCUUGUAAACUGAGAGUUUGCAGACCCCACACAUGAUCUGGCUCUGAAGAUAACUUAGACAAGAUUAUCGGUGGAAGCUAACCUUUUGUCUUACUCAAAAGGCUUGCUGGCAUCCUAAAUUGCAGCUUUUGUAACUAUAUGGGAGAUUCAAAACGAUGUGUGACCACACUCGUAUGACUUUUUGAAAAAUGAUGGUGCCCGUGGGAGAGGUAAAUGGACGGUGCUGCAAAUUUAUGCCAAAUCUGUUUCAACCCUUACUCUAGUCAAAUGUAGGUAACUGAAUAAAUAAAUUGGAGAAAAGUAGUUCCUGAAUGAUAGACUGUACGUAUGAUAGUACAUGUACAGCAGUUGUAAACCAGCCCCUGUGUACACCACGAUGGUCUGAGUAGUGGCACACGAUCACCCGACGGCGCUCCGUGUAACCUGUAUAUAUCGCCCCGUCGAUGGAUGAAUCAAGUGUGUUGAGUCUCCUACCUAGCUUCUCCCUUAACACUGAAGAUUCUAGUAGUUCUGUAGUGAAAAUCACUCCGAGUACUACGUAACAUUCUAGCAGUUCUGUACUGAAGAUUCAAAUGUAGUUCUAUAUAGUGGAAUGUGUAAGGCUGUUCACAAUCCUGCCUUAUUUUGUCCUUGAGUGUCAGUGUCAGUUCAUUCGUAUGUAG